UCACAUACCGGCGUUCACGUGAAACGUUCACUGGAAUUUUUGGCGAUACGAUAAAAGCAAUGAGGUGUUCCUGACCGAGGUGAAACGAAACAGUGACGUUCCGAAACGAGAGAAAGUGUUGUUCCCGUCCGAAGACGAUGUUGUAAAGAUCUACCUGUGCGUGAAGUAUACUUAAACACCUGCCAGGAUGGACGAGGAGACUAUGUGGAAAGAUUUCUAUCACAAGAUCGUUGAGGAGAAGGAGACCAAGGAGAAGGAAGAACAAGAGAAGUCAGAGCACGAGAUAAGGAAUAAGGACCGAAAAAUGGCGCACUUCGCGAGGCUGGACGAGAAGCAUCCAUACUACGCGAUCGCCGCGGCCCGAAUGUGGCAAAAACCGGAAACGAAACCGGUGACGGUCGCGAGAUUCUAUUGGAAAUUCGCAGCGUUCAACUUCAUUCACAAAAGAAUACAGGAGUCCGAUGGCGGAUUUUUCGAAAAUCUCGGCACGUUGCUGGCCGAGAAGGUUCGAGCACAGGAGCAGGUUGAAGGACCAUUGCCAAAGAAAAAUGACGAGGUCCAGGAGGAGGAAGACAACCUGAGCGAAGAGGAAAGCAUCGAGGAGCCUGUGGACGCACUUCUGGAAACCGAUAGUGACAGGGAUGAAAAUGAGCACGCUCUGAACUUCUUGGCUGAAUCUAUGGGCUGGAAUAUCGAAGAACUCUACGCAGCUCUGGUCUACAUGACCCAACAUCAGAUCGGCUACGACGUAUCGAACGAGUGCGGGCAGGAAACUCUGCUGAAUCAUCUUCAAAAUGCGUUUAAAGUCGACAAUGAAACGCACGAGAGGAUUCUGGAGAAAACGCGGAAAAUGGAGCCGCCGGAGAUGCACUUAAACGUCGAAGUAAUCGAGGCAAAGGAACUCGCCUCGAAGGACGCGAAUGGGAAAAGCGAUCCCUUCUGCGCCCUUUAUCUCGAAUCGGCUCCAACAAGGCGAUACAACACCGCCGUGAAAACGUCCACGCUCAGUCCUGUGUGGGAAGAACACUUCGAACUACCUUUGGAGGAUGCAGAGAACGACGUAUUGUUCCUAGAAGUCUGGGACUUCGAUGCGGCGGAGACAGUGCCUGAGAAGAUGAGCAAAGUCAAGGACGUUAAAGGGGUCCGGGGAUUGGUCAAAUUGGCGAAAGAAAUCGCAGUUACGGCCACGACAGGCAGCCACGAUAACGAAUUUAUCGGUCGAUGUCGAAUAGCUUUAAAGGACAUACCAACCACGGGACACACGAUGUGGUACGCUCUAGAAAAGAAGAACAAGUCGAAACGUCGAGGAGUCGUGAAACUGAGGCUUGCGUUCAGCGCCGAGCACAACGCCCAGGUGGCGGCGCAGGAGCACAGACACCUGGUCAGAGUGUUGCUGUUGCACGAAUUAGAAUCGGAGAAGAUCGAGAAAUACUGCUGGUGCGGUCGAUGGUCGGCGCCGGCCGAGGUGCUCCUUAUGCAACACAGCGCGCAACGUGGUUUGCUCACCAGGAACGUCUCCCUGGCGCAGUGGAUCGAAUACGCGAGGAUCCAUCAGGAACACCCUCUGAACUUCGUCGUGUUCAACAGACUGAUAACAGAUCUUCUCAGGCCUAUGGAGAACAGUCUGUUCUCCAGCGACGAGACCAGACUCUUCUGGGACGCCACCAAGAAGCUUUUGUAUUCGUGUCUGAACAGUCUUCGAAAAAUUCGGAGACUGACACCUGGUGACAGAAACACUAUGGUGCAGUUGUCCGCGAUUUUAGGGAUCCUAUCGUCUAUAUCGUGCCUUAAAGUUCCUGAAGAUGUAAAUCUGUUUCCCGCCAAAAUGUACCCAUGGUUCCCAGACCCGGACGAUAGGUCAACUGUCCUUGAAGCUUUGGAGUACACCGUCGAACAGGGUGGUGCCGAAUGGUUCGAGCACUUAUUGAACAACAACUUCCCAGAAAGCGAUUCCGACGAGGACGCGCUUAAGUACCAUAUAAAGGUGAUCCAGCUAAUUAGAGCUGAUCUGCAGGGCGCCAUUGAUAGCUAUGACAAAUUGUUCAUCAAACGAAUCAAUUUCCCCUAUGCGAGGUCGUUGUACAUGAUGUACGAGAAGAGGAUCAGCGACAUGUGCAUGGUUAUCACUGAGGACAUCUGCGGCCGACUGAAAAGGAUCGAGAUCAGCAACGCUGACGUUGAACUGAGCACCGGGACCACGUUGUUCGAACUCUACUUGGCCUUGCAGCGAUACGCUAAACUUGGUCAGGUACUCUGCGCGGAGGGUGAACUGGAGAACAUGAAGGUGCAGUACUACUACGAGUGGUUCAGAGCUGGCGUGGCUCACUGGUUGGGCAUAGCCGAGUACAAGGCUCUGAAACGGAUCGACAGAGCGGUCGAGUUCGAUCCGUUGCAGCCGGUCGAUAACACCGUUCAAUAUAGCUCGAGUGCAGUGGAUACAUUAACGAUAUUUUACCAAAUCAAAGUGUUUUGGACGCAGCUGGCCUGGCCGGACGUAGAAGGUUCCUACACUUUCAUAGGCAAGAUUAUAGAUGAUAUCUGCAAAUGUUCUAUCAUCUACGCCGAUAAGAUGGCGAAGAAGGCGGAACUGACCACAGAAUUGGAGCAGUUGUCCGAAAGUAGCGUGUACGAGAAGAAAUUCUUCGUCUCCACUGCUUGGUGUUUCGCAAUCAACAAUAUCGACUACAUCAGGACCUCCAUUGGACCGUUGGCCAAUGAUUUAGGGCUUCAAAGUAUCGUGGACGCUUUGGCGGAGACGAAUACACAGGAAGAGGCGUAUCGUUGCAAGCAAACACUUGAAUUGAUCAUCAACAAUGCGACCGACACCGUUAAGAACAAAAUCAUAGAACUGCUGCAAAUUGUCGCGAACAAAAUGGCGCCUGCUAUGAGCAGGUAUCUCAUGGAGGGUGCAGAGCUGAUAGACACCACCAGCAACGCUAUGGACCGACUUUUGCAAUAUUUGGACAGUAAUUUGACAACAUUGCACGACAACCUCAACGAGGAUAAUUUUGAGAGAGUCUUACUUGUCAUUUGGGAAAUCAUGUCGGAGACAUUGUACCAAUUAGUUCACAGUAAUUUGGAGAAAAGAAGGCCACCGUCAUUCUACUCGAACCUCCACCGCACCCUCCACACUCUUGUCCGAUUCUUCAACGUCGGUGGGGACGAGUCCUCGAACGUGCAAGUAUUGGAGAAGAUUGAAAAUCUGUUGGAGUUACACGGACUCGAGACAGCGGAGCUGAUACAUCGUUACCACCAAGAGCGUAUCAAAGAUCAAAACGAGCUGGAUGACUCCGAGUACGGUCAGCUCACCGUCAAAGCGUAUUUCGUCGACAACAUUUUGACCAUUCAGAUUCUAAACGCGAGAAAGUUACGACCGGUAGACAGCAACGGCGAUUUUAUAGGCAAGGUGUCUACUCUCAAACGCAAGCUUCAUACAAAAACUAAAGAAAGACUGAAAGAAAGGAAGACAAGUACCUGCGACUCGUACGUAAAAAUUAGGCUACUUCCGGAAGAAAAGUUUUCCGACGUGAAGCUACCGAAAACACACGUGCAGAAGGAGAACUUGUACCCCCUCUUUGAUGAAAUCUUCAACAUUCCUCUAACCGCCGAACAAAGAGCGACCAAAGACGGAAUAAUCGCGUUCGAACUGAAAGACAAAGACUUUCUCAGAUCGAGAUUCCUAGCUGAAGCGUUUCUCCCGUUCACUGACAUCGCUGACACGGGACCAGACCAAGGAAUGGUGUCGCUUGGUCAAAUACAUUUGAUGCUUUCGCGCCCGACAAGAAGAAGUACGGACGUGAUACAAGCGUUAGAGCACAGGAAGGGGGACAAUCAGGCGAUGGAAUUCUUGUCAAAACUCAGUUCGAAGGCUGAACGGAAGUAAUUGUUUCCAUGUAGAAAAACAAGAGAGAAAAAUGAAUUAUAGGUGCUAUUAUAACAAGAACGUCGAUAUUACGAAUGUGGACCGUCAACUAAAUUAACAAUUCAAAUUCAAUGUGUGUGUGAUUGGAAAAAGUUCUUAAUCGAAGAAGAGGAA